AUGGCGGUCUGGUAUCUCUACUCCCUUUUACUGUUUCUACCAGUCUUCGUCUUCACCAAACACUUCCUGAACAAAAUCCAGAACCUCCCACCAACCCUGUUUCCAUGUUUACCAAUCAUCGGCCAUCUCUACCUCCUCAAGCAACCAAUCUACAGAACUCUCUCCCGCAUCUCCGAGCAAAACGGCGACGUUCUUUUACUCCGAUUUGGGUCCCGUAAAGUCCUCGUCGUCUCCUCGCCGUCAGCUGCCGAAGAGUGUUUUACCAAAAACGAUGUCGUUUUCGCCAACCGUCCUCGCUUCCUCAUCGGUAAACACUUGGCUUAUAAUUUCUCCGGCAUGUCUUGGGCACCCUACGGUGAUCACUGGCGGAACCUCCGGCGGAUUUCCUCCCUCGAGCUUUUAUCAGCCAGUCGUCUCCAAAUGUUGUACCACAUCCGAGCUGACGAGGUUAAGAAUAUGAUUCGUAAUUUCUUAAAAUGUCAAGAUUGCCUUGUUGAUUUGAGAACAUCGUUUUUCGAGUUGACGCUCAACAUGAUGAUGAGAAUGAUAGCUGGAAAGCGUUACUAUGGGGAGAACGUGGAAGAUGUUAAAGAAGCAAAGAGGUUUCGUGAGUUUCAUGCAGAGACCUUUAAGUUGAGUGGUUCAGCUCCUAUUGGAGAUUUCAUACCAUGGGUUAAAUCUUGGGAUCUUGAAAAGAGGAUGAUAGAAUGUCAAAAAAAGAGAGAUGAGUUCAUGCAAGAUUUGGAUGGGUUCUUUCUGAUGCCAUUUGGGUAUGGAAGGAGAAGUUGUCCAGGAGAUGGAUUGGCUAUGAGGGUGAUAGGGUUGACUCUUGGCUCGUUAAUUCAGUGCUUUGAAUGGUCGAGGGUUGACGAUGAGAUGGUGGAUAUGAGUGAAGGAGUUUGCUUCACCUUGCAGAAGGCUAAGCCUCUGCAAGCUAAAUGUCGAACAAGAGCUGCCAUGGCUGACCUUCCUUCUCGAAUGUGA